AUGUCUUCCCAAUCUUUCCAAUCUCCCCAGCAGGCGCAGGCCACCACCCCCUCGCGUCCUUGCGCUACGUGCCGGCAUCUGCAGAAUCUCAACUGCAUCACCGAGGAGCAGGCCAACGCCUGCCCUCACAAUUACACCGGCACCCCCGCCAACACCCCCGCCACCAGCCCCAGCACCCGCCCCGUCGCCAACACCACCACCGGCGCCCUCGGCGUCAACAACUUCCCCACCCCGAUCACCCCCACCCCCCCAGGCCCCCGCGGCAUCAUCACCACCGUCCGCGGCCCCUUCACCCCCCCCCCCCCCCCCCCCCGCCUCCGCCCCCCCCUCAACGGCCGUCCCCCGCGGGACCCCAUCGAUCCCCGCACCCACGCCCUCAACCCCCACCGACAAGGCCACCGCGGACCCUGGAACACCCAAUACAACAGGCGCCGCUACUACGGUCGGGAGUACGACCCUUGGUCUUUGGCGGAGCGUCCGGUUGAGGAUUAUGGCGAGGCGAUGGAUGAUGGGCGGUGGAGGGAGUGGUUGCCUGCUCCGCCUGCGCCGGAGGGGGGGAGGAGGAGGUUUGUGUUGGCGCCUGUGGUGAAUCGGGGGGGACAGGGGGUGCAGGAGUUGGAGGUGGGGAUGGCCCGGAUGGCCCGGAUGGGGUUGGGACAGCGACAGGGGGGAAGAGAUGGGGAGGAUGGAGAGAAUAGGUUGCCAGAGGUUGCGGCGCCUAGGUAUACCGCGCCGGGGGAGGAGGAGGAAAAUACGCCGCCGCCGGAGUAUGCAGAGGUUGCUGCUGCUGCGAGUGGGCCGGGAAGGAGGGCAUACCCGCCGACCUAUGACGAAACCAUCCUCGCAGACAUCCACCCCCCGCAACACCACCCAACCCACCACCGGCCCCCCUACCACCCACCAGUUGACCAAGCCCAACGCCCCCCGCAAUACCAAUACCAACACCAACCCCACCCAGACGAAAUCCACCUCCACCUAUUCAACCCCACCCACCCAGUCACCUUCGACGGCAAACCGCGCCCGCCGCCGGGGUAUAUCCUGCGGAACCCGCAGUCCAGACAGGCGUGGUAUGAUCGGCACGAAAGGGAGCCUGGGUUGAGGCAGAAUGCGAGGUGGGGGCGGUGUGCGGCGAGGGGGAUGAUGGAGGGGCGGGUGUUGAGGGUGCCGGGGAGGUUGGGGAAGGGGAAGAAGGGGGGAGGAGAAGAAGUACCAUUCGAACUCCCGAGCCCGCGCGACGGGAUACUCAACGCUGAAGUUAAGGGAGGGGGGGAAGAAGAAUUGUUGUUUGAAGCUACAGGUUAUGAUGAUGGUGAAGAUGGUGAUGAUGAGGCUUGA